CCGGCAUGCCGUGGCAUGACAGAUAUGCACACAACGGACACACACACGCGCGCGCGCGCGCAGUGCAGUGCUGCUGUUUUGGGCGCAAAACGUGGCCGAUUUGUCAAGGUCAAGACAAGAGGUCAGCACACCUUGGCUCGCCUAGCUUGCGGCAGAUGUGUGUGUGUGCACGAUUGGUCUUGUGUACAUUUUCCUUGCUUCCACUAUCGUUCAACACACACGCACUCGUUGUCGUGACCUUCCACUCCUCCCCUUUGCCUCGUUGGCACAGCAACAGCCAAGCACACCCCACACAACAGAAACGCAGACGCGGAAACUCGCCGCACAUCCGCACGACUCGCACACACACACACAGCACGCACCAGCGCAUCGCACACACACACACACGCACACAGCAGCACGCACCAGCGCAUCGCACUGCCUCGCACCUCCGCGCAUCUACCAUCUUACUUAAUAAUCGAGAGCCAUGCUGCGCUCGCUUCGAGGCACGCUGAACCGCCGCAAGGGCCGCAGGCGUUCGGAUCUUGAGAAGAACAACACCAUCCUCGGAAACAACAAAGCUGCCAACAACAACUACACGAACAACCAGGAGCUGGAGCAAGCGAACGAUGAGGAGCUCGUCAUCCAAACCAAGGAGUGCGCCCUUACAGGCACCGUCUCCGACCUCGGGUACUCCGGCACGGCGCUUGCCGGCUGCGGUUCCGCUUGGACGCGCUCCUUCAACAUGACGGAGGCCACCGCCGCAAAGAAGCAACGCGAGUACGCGCGCCCGUCCAUGUGCCGCGACGGCAGCGACAACAGCCUCGACCUGGACGAGACCAUGUUCCUGCCGGAAGAAGGCCUGCCUGAGGCCGCACCGGAGGACGAGGAAGUCAAGCGCGACUGGGAGGACAGGAAGCGGCAACUCGACACCAUCGGUUAUCAGCGGCCGGAAGAAGUGCCUGCGCCGCCCCAGGAGCACGUGGAGAAGGCAAAGUCGCUGCUGGUUGAGAUUGAGCGCGCACCACAGCAGAAGCUCAAGUCGAAGAUGCUGGAGCAGGUGCAGCAGCGGCCGCAGCAGCUGCUGAAAACUCAACUCCUUCAGGAGAUUCAACAGCACGGCGCAAAGGAGUGACAUGAUCACGCGUCUUUUGCGUUGUCGCCUCGUGUACUGCUUGUGUGUUUUCUAUUUUGCGUUUUCGUGGUUUGAUGUAGUUGAAUGUGGUGGGUUGUGGCCGUAUGUAUGAUGUACGCAUGUAUGCACGUGUGUGUAUGAACGAGUGCGUAGGAAUGGGUGUUUGCAUGGAUGUAUCAUUCAAUCGAUGCCCGUCUUUUGGCCACCAUUGUUUGUGACAUGUGUGCGUGUUAGUUUUGUUUGUUUGGACCACUGCCACACCGUGACUCGGAUGUAUCCUCUUCUCCAUUCCCAACAGCCUACAACCAUAUUUGUAUUUGCGUAGAUUUGCCUUCUGUCCUUCCUUUGUGUCAGCUGAUGCGCUCCGUUGCACUCAAGCACGUUGCGUAUGGCCUAGAAUUGCUUCCCCCCCCCUUCCUCAUCCUUUUCUGUGUCCUCCUCCCCUCUCCUCUGCCUGUCCA